UCUCUCUCUACCUCUCUCUGACCUUCAAGCCCCCGAAACUUGCCCAACCAUCAACCAUGGUUGCCUCCACGAAUCCCAAAAAGAAGCACACGUAUGUUACCAAGGACAGCCCAAAGGACAAGAAAGAAGUCGUGAAGGCCAGCGAUGGACCUUCUGGAGACGAAGUCGCUUCUGCUUCCGAUGAAAUGAUUGAGCAGCAUUUUGGACCUUCACUAUUGACGAGUGUUGGGGGUCCUUCGAAACCAACCACUUCGCUCUUCAAGGGAAAGGAAUUGAUUGCCCUUUAUUUUUCAGCGUCAUGGUCCCACUCUUGUGAAAAGUUUACACCCAAGUUGGUGGAUUUCUACAACAAGGUGGGGAAAGACAAUGGCAUGGAAGUGGUGUUUAUUUCAUCCGACAAUGAUCGUCCAUCCUUCGAAGAAUAUUACGGGAAAAUGCCAUGGCUUGCACUGGACGGGGAUGAGAAGAGUGUCGGGUUUAAGCAUGCGCUGGCCACCAACUUGAAAGCCUUCCGGCUACCCACCCUGAUUAUUCUCAAUCUGCAGACUGGUAAUUUUGUCACCAACUUGGCACGCAAGGAAGUAAUGGCAUUGACCAAUCCCGUCAAAGGACCUGAUGGAAAUGAUGCACCCGUCACGGACAAGGAGUACGUCGAACGAGGCAAGGACCUUCUGGCGUCUUGGAAGGAGCGAGAACCUACACCCAUUGGCGACAGCACCAGUACGGUAGAAUCCGUUCAGGCAGUCAUCGACUAUUUCUUCCAGAACCCAAUGAUGGCUGUUUUGGUUGUGUGCAUGCUCACAUUUACAUCGGUCAUCAAACGAGUCAUGGACAAUCCACUGUUGGGUGUGGCAUUUUGGUUCGUCUUGAAGAACUUUGCCACGGAACGGCUGGCCCGGAAUGAACCGUACAUUGUGCAGGAGGCGUUACCAGACGACAAGAAGAAACAGUAA